UGAGAUUCCGUUGAUCUCGAGAGUAACGAGGACAGGCAAUGAUGAGUGACCUUUUAGACAGUCAAAUAAAAAGUAUUGCUGUUGCGCCUUCAUUUUGUGUACAGAAGUCUAAUGCUAGCACCUUUUUCGUCGUCACCGCAUGUUUUUCUGGUUAUAUUCGUAUCCCUGUGUUGCCUGGUAACUGGUCAUCUCAAUUACUUGGAUCAGUUUCCUAACGGAGCCAAAGUUCUGGACCCUCAAUCCAAUACAACUUCUUGGAUAGGUGUCGGUCAUAAAGAUGCGAUGGGUACGACCGGCAUAAAUCAGUUUGGAAAAGACUUUCGUAAGGUUGGUGGCAACUGGAAAAGACUUUGUGUGCUAGACUCCGAUGGCGACGGUCAAAGCAACGGCAUGGAGUUGGGUGAUCCCUGCUGUGUCUGGAAGAAAGGAGACAUCCCUUUUCGAGUUUGGGAUAUAUCUCAUCCCGGAACCAGGAGUUCUAUAACAAAAGCUAAGAGACCAGUUUGUCCAGGAGAAACUGUUCUAUCCCGCACAUUAGCUUCGUUGUAUCGCCUAGGCUUGGAAGAAAGUGUGUUACCAUUUUAUAUGUUCUGUACAAUUUUAGUUUUGUAUAGUGUUAUUUUCAACAGAGUUUCCGCCUGUAAGUACGGUUCUUUACUGUCGUCAUUUCAGCGUGUUUGUCGGAAGAAACUUGCCAAUGUAAUGUCACCUGUUUUUAAAGGAAAUAGGUUUGUGAGCGAAACAAUCCUUUAUAUUAUAGACUCCAGGGUUGCCAUAUAUCUUAUCUUUCAAGCAUACUUUUGCCGCUAUCUAUACUUUCAAAAGUAUAUUAGUCUGAAAUCACCACUUACAAGAUGUGCUGGUGAACUGGCAGUUUGUAAUCUUGGCAUUUUGUUAUUUCCUGUCUCUCGAAACUCUCCUUUGUGGUCCAUCAUGGGGACUUGUUUUGAGAGAACACUCUUGUAUCAUCGGUUGCUAGGUUACUGGACUUUAUUUCUUACCAGCUGGCACGCAUUUGGCAUGUUUCAUUCCUACAUGUUCCAAUCCCGAGGUUUUGCUUUUUUGUUUAGUUUUUCAUCGACGCAUGUGCGAUUUAACUUGCCUGGUAUUUUUGCCCAUCUUUUUCUUCUUCUUUUAGGAGUUUUGGCUCUGCAUCGCAUUAGAAGAAAGGCUUUCGAAGUUUUCUACUAUUCUCAUGUCAUCCUCUUCCCCUUCUGUCUGAUUUUUACAGUCCUUCACAUAGGAUUUGCUGCGUAUUACUUAGCUCCAGGUCUUUUAUCGUUGGGAAUCGAUUAUAUGCUCCGUAUUUAUCGAACUUAUGAAGUAAUCCCUUUAAAAAUUCGAGUUUUUCAAGAUGCUGUCCGCAUCACGCUUGUUGGACCCCGGGAAUGGACAACAGAAGGCAUCGGAGGUCACCUUGGAUUCUUCAAAGUUCCCCAUUUAGCAUGGCUACAGUCUCAUCCAUUUUCGAUAUUCUCGUUGGAUUCCAAUACUUUUGAUAUUAUAGUGAGAAGAGGGAUGACGCGUUCCUUCACCGAUAAACUAUACAAAGCUUGUCAAGGAUAUUCAUUGUUUUAUAACAAUGAUGAGUUGGUCGAAGAACUCCAAUUUGCCAAUGGAAGAAUGCUAGGAGAAAAUGACAGGAACAUAUCAACUGUAUCGUGGUUGUCUGUGGAGAAAGACAUUUCAUCCAAGAGCAUCCUUCGUGUGGACUCUAAACAAUUGCCACAGAUGCCAAGGAUAACUUGUUUUUACGGACUGAAGAAGGAAUUUAUCCAAUAUCUCCUUCAGUUGACAUUUUCCAGAGUGGGUUCAGCGAAUCAUAGUCUUUCGGAAAUAGCCUUAUCAAACGAUCACGUUUCUUUUGAAACAGGAAAUUUCCUUUGUUCGUCAUCACGUUCGAAUAUAUGGCCUUCAUGUUAUAACAUGGUUAACGAAUGCACUUCUCUGGUAAGACAAGAUGUGAGCUUAAGAAUAAGUGUCUACGAUAGCCUGGUUCGGAAUAAUGAAAAUUCAACAGAACCAUUAGUAAGCCUAACUCCAGACAAUAUACUAGGAAGCAAUUUCUUUAGACAUGAUAAGCAAGGAUUAGAUUGUUAUAUAGAGAACGGUUACAAACGACUUGAGGAAGGCUGUAAAGUUUCUUUGAAUGAAAUGAUCAUUCAAGUACAAGGACCCUACGGUAGUCUACCCGUUAACCCCUUUCAUUUUUCUAGUAUACUGUUAUGUGCUGGUGGUGUAGGAAUCACGGGAAUACUAUCCAUCUUAUGCGACAUUUAUCAGCAUUCCAAAAGAAAUAUUUUCGAAGAUAUCACAUUAUGUUGGACAAUAUCAAACACUGCUCAUUUUGAAUGGGUUCAAGAUGUUCUUUUCAGUAUUCAAGAAGAUCAUUUGCUAAAAUACGUGGUUCAUUAUGAAAUUUACAUUACAAAUGGAGAUUUUCCUUGUCUAAUAGACUCCUCAUUUAGUCAAACAAUCCAUUUUUACAGGGGACGUCCUGAUUGGAAUACGGUCAUUUGUAAUUGGAGACAUGAGUCUCUAUUGCUUGGGAUCCACAAAGGCAUUAGUUACAUAUGUGGACCUCCUUCUAUGGUGAGUCAAGUACAGGAACAUUGCAGGUUGUUGGAGAAUGACAACUGGAGUUGUACAACUUCCACGGAAACAUUUGAGUUUUAAAUAAAGGAGACUUUUGGUUGCGUAACAAUGCUCGUCGUCAUCGCAUUCU